AUGAAAAUUCCCAUUUAUUUACUUGAACAACCAAAGGAAAUUGAACUGCGAAUGUUGAAAAUAAUUCAAGAAUACUCCUCCUGUUUUAUAGACGAUUUUAUGUUAAUUGCUCUUGAUCAUACUCAUCCAAUCCAUAAAUUAUCAUAGGGAUCAUUAUCUUUAAUAUUAAAUAAGCUUGAUUAUCAGAUUUAAUUAGCAGUUGAUCAAAUAAAAUUAAAUCCUAGUUUUUACUGUCAGUCUCUGCUGUCUCUUAUAAAUCAGAUGCUGGAAUUAGAGUGCUAUCGAAAAUUAUUUAAUUCAUUAGAUCAAUUAUUUGAUAUGCUAGAAUGCUCAGACAAUUUACUAGUCUAUGAGUAAAUAAUGCUAAUUUUAUUAAAACUCUACAAAUAACCCUAGAAUACAAACAAUCCGUAACAAAAGGAUCUCAGCAAUCAACAAUUGAAAGAGUACCUUCCAAGAACCAUAUAUUUUACAAGAAUUAUGCUAGAUCAUUACAAUAAUUUAUCUUCGACCAAGAUAGAGUUAAUAGAUUAUUAUUGUCAAGAUCCAAAUUAUCAAAGCCUUUGUGAAGCUCCAAUAGAAGAAUUUCCUAAAUUGGUUAUAGAAUACAUGGAACCAAAUUUAUUGAAUGAAGCAUAUCAAGAUUUGUGCAAGAACGGUAUACACAAGAUAGAAUUAAAUCAACCCAUCUUAAUUAGAAAUAUUGAAAUUACAGAUGUAAAUUCCAACACGAGCCUAUCAUUGUCCAAAACGUAUCUGAAUGCAUCAAAUUAAAACCUCUGUCCUCUGGUUGAUGCCAUGAAAUAUAAAAUCCUCAUCGAUAGAGAAUUUAAAAAAAAUCAAAUUCCUACAAUAUCUAUUGUGAUUUCAUUGCACAUACAGUCCCUCCUCAUGUAUAUGCUUCUUUAUUAGUUUUGCUUAAUCAAUAAUUGUGGACAAAUAUUAGAUCAAGUCUUCGAAGAAUAAUUAGAUUACGAAUAUCAUUUUAAAAUGUAUAUGAAAUUGUUUUAAUUGAAAACAGUCGAUCCUUUGGUAUUGUCUAUAAUACUUCAAACUCUGACUGAAAUCAUCGCUCUCGAAAAAUAGAGUGAAAAUCAAGUGGCUUAUACUAUUGCCAAAAAAUAUGACGAAGCAUUUCUAUAAUUAAUUUAUGAUGUUUUAUCCAUGAAUCCAAAUUCAAUUGAAAUAGAGUAAACCUAUCCAUUAUAAUAUCACCCAACUAUCUUAAACGAAUCGUGUGCUAAAAAUGAAAAAUUAGCAUAAAGUAUCUUUGAAAUUUUCUCGACUGAACCUUGGAUAAAAAUCUUAAGCAGGAGCAAUAUUGCACUUGGUUCUUCCUCAGCCUUAAUUAGGGCACUUUAGAUGCAUGAUAAUAAGUUAUAAUUACCUUCGAAGUCUUUUUAGAAUGCUCUUAUAUUUUUAAGCGUUUUAUCAAGGAAGGAUAAUAUCCAAAGAGAUCUAAGAAUAUUUAAUGAUCUUAUUAAAAUUGCAGAAAAUUAGAUUAAUAUUGAUAUUGAAAUCUUAUAGCCCACUCUUAUGGGCUACUGCAAAAUUUCAGCUGAAGAAUAGGAUUAAAUUAUCGCAACUUGUAUCGAAUCAAUUAAUGAUCAUUUUAGAGAUGAUUAAGGGAGAAGAUAUAAUAGAGCUAAUGCUCCAACCUUUGCUAGAUAAAUCUCUGAAUCAAAAAUCAUUAAGAAACUAUAACAUUUAUUAGAAUCUAGUCCUCAGUUUUAUGAAACAAUCUAAUAGACUUUAAUUCUUGUCUCUCAUCUAGCUAAUGAAGUUCCUACUUUAAUUGGAAGAUUAAUUGAUUCUCAUUUACCGUAAACUUUGAAUUCAAUCAUAUAAUAAAUGGAGGCUGCAAUUAUCGAUAAUAAAAUGAUGACUGCCAUUUUUUCAUUUUACUUUAACAUCUCUUUAAAUGAAGAAGGAUUUGAGCAAUUUAAUAAAUUUGGAAUGACCUUCAUGAAAUUUAUUAUGCAUAAUGUAUUAGUUGAUUAAAUUCAUUCAUCAAGGGAGUAAUUAAGUAGCUUAGCCUUGUGUAUAACUAAAUACACACAAAAAAUUGAUAAAGUCAUGCCUUAAGUAUGCUCAAUAGUUAAUUAAGUAAUAGAGGAAUUAUAUUUGCGUUUAAUAGAAAAUAGAUAAAACUUAUCUGAUUGGUAGGCUAAUGAUUAAUAUUUUGAUAUUAUUAAUCAAAUUUAAGAUUUGUCAAUUUUCAUUUUUAAGAUGUUCCAUUACCCUCACUAUACAUAUUUAGCUAGCUUGAAUUCAAGAGGAUUUUUUGAGUCAUUAUUGAUGUUCUUUCAAUUUCCUUCAUUUGAAUUCUAAAAUGAUUUAUUGAAAGUAUUUCGAUGGCUAACGCAAUUUGAUGAAUACGAUAACCCCAAUAAAAUAUUAAAGAAAACCUUGCUUGCAAUAACUUAAUGGGAAACAUAAAUAGGAGAUAUAUUGGAAAACACUUAACAUGCUGUUACAGAAAAAUAUUACAAAUUUUCAUUACAAUUUCUAAAGUGUAAUGAGAAAUAAAUAUAACAAAAUCUUUAGAUGGCAUCUUGCUAUUCUUAUGUAGAAUACUUGCUAGAAAUUUUAAAACUUUAUUUAAUAAAUUCACCUUAGAUUGAUUGGGAUUAAUAAGAUCUUAUAACUUUACACAAUAAAUGCUGUUGCCUAUUUAGAAUAAUUCUAAGAUCAAUUAAGUUUGAUAAUUUCAAUGAUUAAACAUUUAAAAAGUCAGUUUUUUACCCUUACAUUUAAAAUUUGAAGCAUAUCAUAGUUAAUUCUUGUAAUUAUGUAGUAAGAAAAAAGAACGAAUUUAAUCAAAUAAUCAGUUUGUUUAUUUUUAUGAGUUAAAAUUUAGAGAAUGAAAAUCUAUGGGGAGUGAUAAUGUAUAUAUCUACAAUUGAGGAAUUCCUAACAAAUCUUUUGGAGAGCAAGGUCUUGCCUGAAAAUAGAUAUUUAAAUUUAGAGUUUAUAAAUUAGUUAUUGAAUUCAGAGUUUACUAAGCAUUUUCAAAAGGCACUUCAUUCAUAUGCUAAACUGACUGUAUCUAAUCAAUGUGCUAAUGAACAACUUAAAAUUAUGGCUAAGCAUUUCUCUAAUGUCAUAAAGGCCUUAUACAUCAAUAAAUUUGAUAAAUUGAAUCAGGAGUUUGCAUAGUCAUUGUUACCUUAACAAAUUUCAGACAUAUAAAUUAUGUUAGAAAUUACUCAAAUUUCAACUUCAGAUGAUAUUUAUAACCUAUAGACAGUGCUAAUUGAAAAAGUAAUGAUGAUCUUAAGUCCUACAUUUUUGUAGGAUUUGAUUAAGAAAGAAAGGGAUCGCUAAAAUUUUUUUUCUUUUUCUAGUUUGAGAGAUGAUUUUGGAGAAUUUAACUUUAUUUAAAGGAAUGAUUCAACUUAGGCUAGAGAAUAAUUAAGAUGCAUGGGGUUUUAGGAUGAUGCAAUAACGAUGGCUUUCUAAAAUAUUAGGGUUCCUGAUGUAGGGAUGGCUGCUACUUGGUUAUCAGAUAAUUCAGAUAAAGUUGAAUAGAAUAGAUUAGAGAUCAAAGAAAGUUAAAAGAAUGAGCAUUCCAAAGGUUCCAUUGUUGAUGUAAUUCAAAAUAAACAAAGGGAACUCAAAAGUUACAUUCAAACAAACAUACUUUAUUUUAGUAGUUUUGAGGAAACCUUGUUUAAAGUAUUUGAUGGAUAAAUGAUGCCCUCAUUAUUAAUGUGUUUAAAACAAGCUGUUUAAGAAUAGUUUAAAUUGCAGUUAAAAUUUAAGGAUUGCGAAUUAAAACUUAAAAAACCCUUUAAUAAUAAUAAUAUCAAAUUAAUAAUAACUAUUUUGCAUUACAUUUAUAAAUAGCAAAACUUAGUUUAGGAAUAUGAUUAUAUAGUGAUUGAAAUGAUGAAAUUAAUUUAAGAAUUAUUAAAAUAUGAAGAUGAAUAAACAAUAAGAGCAGUCAAUCAUGCAUUAGCAAUCUUAACUAUAUUCAUAACCGAUGAUUACAGAUAAUAAAAACAUCAACAUGAUAUCUUAAAUGAUAUCUUAUUGGGAGUACUGAAUAUUUUGAAAGGCAAAGUGUAGAAUCAUACAACUUCUAAAAUCUGCAUCGAAAUUUUAAUUAGAACCUUCUAAAUAAAUAAAGAGAAUGUCUGUAAGUUUAUCUCUCAAAUGAGAGGAUUAGACUAUCUUCUAAAAGUAAAAGGAGAUUCAAAAAAUAACCUUUAUAGCUUAACAAGGCUCAUGUUAUCUGUUGUCCACGAUUUCAAUAUUGUAAUAGCUUAAAUAGAGGGAAAAAUCAAAAAGAUUUUAUAUGAUUAAGAAUCUAAUGAAGAAAUUGAGAGGGCCCACAAGUAAAUCUCUUAGCAAUAAUCUUAGCAUUUAAUGUAGAUAUCUCAUCAAAAUCAUAAUCCCUCCUGCUUUCAACCAAUUCAUUAUAACAUACAGAUCUAAAAUUAAAUAAAAUUGCCUAAGAAUAAUUAAGCGUUGAGGGCCAUUUAAAACUAAGUUUUUUACAAAAAAUAGAUUCAAUUUGUUAUGAAUUCUUUAUUUGACAUUUAAAAUAAUUACUAUAUCUUAAAAAAAGGUAUUCUUCUUUAUACUUUUGAUUGUAUAGAACCUUCAAGUUUUUAUAAACAUAAGGAUUCAGUGAAUUCCAGAAGAAGUAAUAAGACCUAGUAUAAAAAUAAAAAGAGCGAAGAUAAGUAGUAAUUAUAGUCAAAUUUUUAGCAUACAUAAGAAACUUCAAUUUUAUUAAAGUUAUUAAUUGAAUAGAUAAUCGUAUCUUAUUUUGAUAAAACCGAGUCAUACUAAUUUUAAUGGAGUACGAUAUGCUAAGCGCUAUAAGCAUUAAUAAGGCUUUAUCCUAUUCUAAUUCCUAAAUUAGUUAGAAUUAACUGUAGCAAAUUCCUUAAACCAUAUCAGAAAUAAUUAGGAUUUGAUAUUAAGGGUGCAGAAUUCCCUCGUAAAAUUUCAUUUUUAUCAUUGAUAACUAAAAUUAUGAAACCAAUAAAGAACUUACUAUUUGAAUUAUGUUUAGAUAAUAUUAUUUUAAAUCAAACGUCGAAUAAUUCUAUUGCUCCAUUUUCAAUUGAAAUCCGAAGAAAAAUCAUUAAUUAAAUCUAUGAUGGAAUAGAUUAAAGAAUUAAAAGUUUAGAUUAAAAUUUUUGUCAUUUAUUAGACGCAUUAGUAUUUUUAAUACAAAUCAGAUCGGUUGCUAAGAUUUGUUUUAAAAAUGUAAAUGAUCCACAAAAUUCAUUUAAUUUUAUCAAACUCUUAAUAGAUUGUAUUAAAAAUUUUGAUUUGAAAUAAUAUUAUAUCCAUGAAAAUCAAUUACAAAUUUUAAAUUAGACACUUGCUGUGCUAUUCAAUGUGGCAACUUAUUUGCUUCUAUAUAAACAAACUCAAAUUGUGAAAUACAGAUAGCAUUAAGUACAACAUAUAGAUGAUUUUCAACUACAAGGUAUGAUUGGCUAACUAAUACCAGAGAAUAUCAAUAAUCAACUUAUUCCAAAUCAAGGCAUAAGUUAUAAAGAUCCAGCAAAAUAUUUUAUUAAAUGGCCUCUACCUCCUCUUUCUUUCCAUUAAGAAAUAAAUUAAAAUUUAAGGUAAGAUCAAAUGGAUCUACAACAUUUAUGGUCUCCAUUCCGUAGAAGAAAUAGAUACUUGGAUACGGAAAUUUUUGAUAAUAGUUAAGAUGAAGAAGGAGAAUUUGAACUUGACAAUGAAGAUAACGAUGAUGAAGAUGAUGAUCACGAAAUUUAAAGUGUUGAGAGCAGAUAUGAUUCAAGCAAUAUAUAAGAAUCAAUAGAGGAAGAAUUUGAUCAAGAAGUAAAUAGUUGGGUUGCAAUUGGAAAUAAUCAAGUAGAGGCUGAGGAUCCUUAAAAUAUUAAUUUAAGUUAGACUGAUGAUGAUGAUCAACCUGGAGAAAUUGAUCAAGAUGUAGAAGAAAGCAGUGAUUCUAUCGAUGAAUCUGCUUCAUAUAGUCACUUACAAAUAUAGAACUAAUAGUAGAUUGAUCAGGAAGUUAUAGAAUAAAAUAAUUAAGAAUUGAAUUAUCAAAAGGAUUUUGGAUAGAAUAAUUAAAAUACUUUAUUCUUUUAGCCAAAUAAAGAAAUUAUGAAUCAUUACCAUCCUCUCACUAAUAAAGAAGAGUUGGCCUUCAUGAAAAUGACUAAAUCAAUAAUUUAAUUUACUGGAGUUAAAUUUUCACCUCAGUUUACGAAAAUCUCAAGUAAGUUCAGCCUUUUAUUACCUGAGAAUAAAUAAGUUGAGAAUUAUUAACUCGUAAAUUGGUGGACUGAAUUAACUUAAGUUACUUAAUAGAGAGUAAUUCAAGAAGACAGAGACCUUCCUUAAUAAGAUCUAAGAAUAUAACCAUCUAAUAUAUUUCGGGAUAGAGUAAGAAUGGAUUUUCAAAGAAUGGAUGACGACGGAUCUUUAUCUCAAGUUUAGGAAUAGUUAUCAUUCAUUAGUAAGAGACUAUUCAGAUAGACAAUCUCAUUAUGGUGUUAGAUUAGACUAACAAAGACAAUUUCAGGAAUAAAUUACAAAUAUUUAGAUGAGAUCUUUAAAUUAGAAUUAAUGCCAGUAUAAUAAAAUUAAUCUUAAUAUUAAACAACUUAAGAUGCAUUAAAUGAGUAGGUAUAGUAAUAGGAACAAUUCUCAGCUCCGAGAUUCAAUUUGUUUCAAUCCUACAAUUUAGAUUAAGCUAAUCAAGAUAUUGCUGCUUUUUGCCCAAUUUGGACCAUUUCGGAUUUCUAAAAUGUAGGAUAGCAAGACUAAACUAAUAAUGAACAAUAAGUUAUCAAUUAACUCGAAAUAAUAGAACAACAAUAGCCUGUAUAAUAGUAAUAAUAAUAAUAAUAAUAAUAAUAAUAAUAACAAAACAAUUAAAAUUAUUAAUAACUUUAUCCAAAGAGUUAUAAUCUUUUGAAAACAUAAGGUAAAACAAUUGAGGAUCUCCUUAAAAAUGAUAUUGAUCCAGCAGUUUUCGAAGUUCUCAAUGAAGAUAUGAUGAUGGAAGUUAUUUUAAAAUUUCCCCAAGAAAUUGAUGGAAUUGAUCAUUAAUUUUUAGCCUCUCUUUCAUAGUAAAUUAGAAAUGAAAUAAUCCAGCUCUCAAUCCCUAUUAACUAAUAACCAACCCCAGAAGAAUUAAAUGAACCAUAACGUCCAUUCCUUAAUGUUAGGAGUCAUUUUCAACAAUUUACUGGAGGAGGGAAUAUCAUUCCAGCUAGUUAAAGUAUUCCAGACGAUGCUUCCAACCAUCCAGUUAGAUUUAACUUUUCACCAAUGCAUCAUAAUGGUUAAAAUAUUUUCAACUUGGAAUCUAGGGAAAUGGAUUUCUUGUAAUAGAUCUAAUAGAAAAAACCUCAUUUGAAAUCUUAAGCUUUAAAAGACCUACUCUCUACUUAAAGACACAUAAUUUAAAAAUUAGGAACUGUAAAACAUGAAUUUCCCGAAUCACUACUAAGUUUACUUUAUGUAGAAUCUCAUAGUUUCAUCAAUUUCCCUAUUAAUCUUUUUAUUUCCUUAUGUAAUAUUUAAAAUAUUGAGUACAAAUUAAUAGACACCUUAUUUUUGAUAUUAAAAACAAAUAAAUAUAAAGAAUCUUAAAUUAAGUCUUUUCCUCCAUAAUUUUUGGUUAAACGAAAUGGACUUGUAAGAGACUUUAGCAAAAUAUAUAAUGUUGUGUCAUUAAAAGUGUUGUAUUUGUUUUCAAAUUUGCAAACUUCUUCAAUCAACUACUUUUUCUAAAGCAAAAAAUAAAAUUAAAGCCCUGAAAAUAGCUUAACCAUUCCCUUGUUAGAAUUAAUAUAUCUUUUACCAGAAUUUCAAGGGGAACACUAGGAAUUGCUCAUAUUGGCUAUAACCAACAUCAGUACGAAAUAAAAAGAGAUUAAUUAAUUUAAAGUAAAGCUGGACUAAAGAUCAGUUGAAUGUAUUUGUAAGACUUUGCUAUCGAAUGCGAGUAAAAGUGUGAGGAAUUUCUCAAACAUUAUUCAAAGUCUCUGCAACAACAAAGAAAACCAAUUACUAAUUGUUUAGUACAUAUAGGAAUACAUAGAGAAAGCUAUUAAGGAGAUAAAUUAGAAGUUUUAAAAAUCUGAUGAAAUAUUUAAUGGAGAUAAGGCGCUGAUUAAUAUCUUUCAGUUUGUAAGGGACAUUAAUGCCAAAGUAGGAGAAAAGAACAGUUUAUCAAUCAAUUUUAAAGAAUUAUUGGAAAGUAAAGAGUUAAUAGAGUUAUGGAGAAAUUUGAUAAAAUUUUUGUAAUAGCUCCCGCAAUCUUAAGUGAUAAAAAUUACACCGAAAAUAUCUCCAUAUUUAGAGUGCUUUUUUAUUAUUUACCAAAUUGUGAACCCUAUUAAAUAACAAAAUUCGAAUCACAAGGAGUCCUAGAAAAUUGCAUUAAUGGAAGGAUAAUACUAAGAAUUAGAGAUACAAGAGCAAAAAUUGCAUGACUAAUUAUUUUAAUAGAUUUGUGAAAGUGGGAAACCUUUGCUAAAUAUGAUGAUAAAAGAAAGACUUUAAGAGUAAAAAGAGAAGGGAAGAAUAAAAAAUGAUAGUUUGGGAAUAAUAGUAACUAAAAAUCCAAGAAUAGUUGAUUUUGAAAAUAAGUAGAAGUAUUUCAAAAUAGAAUUGAAAUAAUUGAAAAUUCAGAAUAAUAGACAUCAUAAUUGCAAUGUUACUGUGAGAUGUAGAAGAAAAGACAUAUUUAUGGAUUCUUAUCAUCGUUUCAGUAAAUUAAGACCUGAAGAUUUAAAAGGGAAAUUAAAUGUGGAGUUUGAUGGAGAGGAAGGCAUAGAUCAAGGAGGAGUUACUAGAGAAUGGUUUUUGAUGUUGUCUAAGGAGAUAUUUAAUCCCAAUUAUGCGUUAUUCUCUCCAUCUUUAAAUGGUUAAAUGUUCCAACCUAGCAAUAAGUCACAUGUUAAUCAUGAUCAUAUCAAGUACUUUAAAUUUAUUGGAAGAGUUGUUGGAAAAGCAUUGUAUGAUGGAUAAUUAUUGGAUACCUAUUUUACUCGUUCAUUUUAUAAGCAUAUUCUAGGUUAGAAGUUGACUAUAAAUGAUAUGGAGGAUAUUGACUUGAAUGAGUAUAAAUCAAUGAAGAAGAUUUUAGAGGAAAAUGUGAAUGAUUGGGGAAUCUAUUGGACAUAUUCAGUUGAUAAUUUUGGUAAAUGGGAGGAGAGAGAAUUAGUUGAAGGGGGCAGAUCAAAAUAAGUGACUGAAGAUAAUAAAGUUGAGUAUGUUCAAACCUAUUGUUAUUAAAAAAUGGCAAAGGAAAUUAAAGAUUAAAUAGAGGCUUUUUUGAAUGGUUUUCAUGAGUUGAUUCCUUAGCAUUUAAUUAACAUUUUUGAAUGGAAAGAAAUGGAACUUAUGUUGUGUGGCUUACCAUAUAUAGAUCUUGAGGAUAUGAAGGAGAACGUUGAAUAUCAUGGAUAUAUUAAAGAGGAAAAGGUAAUUUAAUGGCUUUGGGAAUUACUGGAGAGUUUUGAUGAAAGCAAGAGAGCAGCCUUUUUAUAAUUUGUAACAGGAACUUCCAAAGUGCCUCUUGGGGGAUUUAAAGAAUUAAAAGGAAUCAAUGGUUCAUAAAAGAUUUAGAUUCAUAAAAAGCACUACAUAAAUUUUGAGUUGCCUACAUCACACACUUGUUUUAAUUAAUUGGAUUUACCAUGUUAUCCCACUAGAUAAGUACUAAAAGAAAAAUUAGAACUUGCAAUCUUAGAAGGAAAGGAAGGUUUUGGCUUUGCUUGA